GUAUUCGGCGACUUGAGUCCGACGGGGCUGAGGCGUGACUUACGUUGGGAGUACGGCUCAUUCAAUCGGGGAACUAGGCUCUAUUGCUGGGUUCACAUGUUGCGGGCGGUCCGAGGGUGGCUCCCUACCUACAUCAACAAGACCACAGAGGGCUCUGUUGCAGCCGCUCAG